UUCAAAAUUGAAUAAGCAUCUGGUGGUCUGAAAAUGUUUUAUACCUGAUAUUUAAAAGAUAUUUUGACUAUUGCCAAAAGGAAUCAAUUCCUUCAUGCUGUUUCCCUUGCGGAUGCCGUCAUAUGCCACUGAGUUGUGUAGAGCACAGGUUCUGGAGGAAGGGCAGACUUGGAUUUGCACUUAAACUCUGCCACUUACAUGCCUAUGACCUUGGACUUUACCUCUUAAGGAGCUUUGAAGCUCAGCAAAGAAGAGAAAUCCAUUGAGAACAGUCUGUAAAGGUAUCCGGGGAAUACCUGCCUGCUUAGACCCUCCAGAAAAGCUCUGUGCAUCCUGCCUCCUGAGGACUCUGAAGACGUAGCAGUCUUCUGAAAGUUGACGAAAUGUCGUUCAGAUUCGGCCAACAUCUCAUCAAGCCUUCUGUGGUGUUUCUCAAAACGGAACUGUCCUUCGCUCUUGUGAAUAGGAAACCUGUGGUACCAGGACAUGUCCUCGUGUGUCCGCUGCGGCCAGUGGAACGCUUCCACGACCUGCGUCCUGAUGAAGUGGCCGAUUUGUUUCAGGCAACCCAAAGAGUUGGGACAGUGGUAGAGAAACAUUUCCACGGGACCUCUCUCACACUUUCCAUGCAGGAUGGCCCCGAAGCCGGACAGACUGUGAAGCACGUUCACGUCCACAUUCUUCCCAGGAAGGCUGGAGACUUUCACAGGAAUGACAGCAUCUAUGAUGAGUUGAAGCAAUUCAAGUUCAAAUCAUUCACUCAUUUGCCCAAGGUCCCACAUCUCCAGAAACACGACAAGGAAGAGGAGGACUCCCCGGCCUCUUGGAGAUCAGAGGAGGAAAUGGCAGCAGAAGCUGCAGCUCUGCGGGUCUACUUUCAGUGACGCAGAUGUUUUUCAGAUCCUGAAUGCCAUCAAAAGGGCUAAUGCCAGCCACUUUGAAGACCACCCCCAGAGGAACCGAAUCAGCAUGAAAAUGCAGUUUCUGCAUCUCCCCAUCCUGUGACUUCAUCCUGCAUUCUUCAACCAGUGAGCCCCCACCUCGGCCCUCCAAACCCUUUUAAAUACCUAGGUCUAAACUGCUCAGACAGGCAGGCUUGAGGUUUCCUCCUGUCUCCUUAUUCAGCAGCCUUGUGAUUAAACUUCCUUCUCUACUGCAA